GCGUCCGCGGCGGCUGCAGCUAUGGCUGCGACUGACACCUUGAAGAAAGUUUUGCGGUUAAAGCUUAAGUUAAAAGAGUCUUCUGAGAUGAAGACGGUCAUGAAGGCUCUGAAGAAGCUUCAGGAAUUGGACGUCACCCUGGACAUCCUUGCAGAAACUGGGAUAGGAAAAACUGUCAAUUCUCUCCGGAAGCAUGGCGAUGCUGGAGAAGUGGCUAAGACAUUAGUUAACGAGUGGAAGAAGUUGGUUCCAAAGGAAUCCACCAGCAACAACCAGGAUAAUCACGGCUGUGGGAAAGAGAAGAUUAAGAAUGAGAAGAUUAGCAAAGAGGCUGUAGAAGGUGAGGGUUUACCUCAGAAAAUGUGCCACUUUGAUAAAGGCCAGCAGAGAAAUUCAGUCUCUAACUGCAGGAAGUCAAAUCAAAGCUUCAAAAAAGAGCAGCGGGUCUCCAGACAGGAACCAAAGGAUGAUUCUAAUGCUAACAAAUCAGGUUCCUCAAACAAGCUUGAGUCCAGCACCAAAGAUCUGUCUGUCAAAGAAAACCGAUCCACUGAACGGUUUAGUGACAAACCUCACGCCCAUAAGUACAGGUCUGAACAAGACGAGAAGAGAACCUCUUCUCAGGGGGGAAGAACUAAAGAACUCAAGAUCCCUCCCAGGGGCAAACAACUAGACAAAGUCAAACCAAAAUCUUUGGAUUAUAGUAAAAGCAAGAAUUGGGGAUGUGGCAAGAACAAUGAAGAUGCUGCAGGGCCAAUUGACAACAAAAUAAAGGCCACAAAGGGACAAGAGAAGGUUCCAGACAAUGACAGGCGGAGUGAUGAGGGGUUAGAGACGCCCACCCCGUCUUUCGAAUCGUGCCUCAACUACAGUUUGAAGAUGCCAAAGAGAAAGAAGAAGCCUUGCAAUGACAAGACUGUCAAGAAACUCAAAGCAAGUCAGAGCAAAAGCGCAACUUCAGUCAAGGAGUCCGACUGUGAGACGGAGCCGCCUGAAAAGGCAUCAACUGGGUCAGUAAUGGACUUGCUUAAUGUGCCCCUGCCGACUUCUCUUCCGGAGUGUGAGGAUUUGUCCAAUUUCUCGUACUUUGAGAAGAAAUCUCUUUUAGUGGAGGUUGAGGUUUCGGGGGUCUGCGAAGACGCUCCAGUGUUCACCGGUCAGAGGCUCAACAGAAAGAUGCAGGUCUACUCAGGAUCCAAGAUCGCUUAUCUCCCAACCAUGAUGACCCUGUACCAGCAGUGCAUCCGUGUGCUGCAAAACAACAUUGACCUGCUCCAUGAGAUCGGAGGGGUACCGUUUGAUAUUCUAGAGCCAGUACUGGAGCGCUGUACCCCGGAACAGCUGCUCCGGAUUGAAGGAUGCAACCCGGUUUACAUCGGUGUCACCGAUCACCUGUGGGAGCGACACUGCCAAAGGGAGUUCAGGAAUGAGAAGCUGGAGGAGUACGAGUCCUGGAGGGAGAUGUACCUACGGCUGUCCGAGGAACGCGAGAGGAAGCUGAAGAGGCUGACGAAGAGCAUAGUUUCUGCUCACUCUGGGAAACCUAAAGGCCGGCAGGUCAAGCUGGCAUAUAUUCACUCUGUUGCCAAGCCACCGAGGAAUGUGAGGGUCCAGCAGGAGAUCCAUGGAACAGCAGGACCUCUCCCACUGCCCCAUGCCCUGGACAAGCUCAGGCUGAUUACAGGCACUGAUACUCUGCUCCGUAACACCACACUCAGCAGCAUCAAGCCAAGCUUUGGUGAAUCCAGCAGGUCCUCCGGCACCGGCCCUGGUCCUGGGUCCAGCCAAAGUCAGGACCCCAGGAAAAUCAAACGGGUUGCACCUAUGAUGGCCAAGUCCCUGAAAGCCUUCAAGAAGCAGCUCUGUCGAAGAUGAUCGCCCCUUGGAGAUGGCAUGCUUAAACAUCUUAAGUACCCUGAAGCCUCCAACACUCACACAGUAUGGUCAUCCAUACACUUUUUUCCUUUGUUUGGUGGUUUCAGUCAUAAAAUAAAUCAAGUUUAAAAGUACUAAAGUACAAUUUGGCCUGUUCUCAGUAUCUUUUAUUCAUGGGCUCUUUAAACUGCAAGUACAUGUUUCUACUUAUGGAACGUUUGAGUGUCUACGGUAUGUAGUGCGUAUCAAUGGGAUUUUAAACACGACCGCCCCCUAGUGGCUACAGAGUAUAAAUGACUGGUUAAUGUGCGUGGUUAGGGAGGGUGCGCUGAAGUGUUGAACUAGUUACUGGGAGUGUUCUACGUGUAGAAUUAUGUAGAAUGCAGUGCAAAUAGACAUUUAUUUCAACAUUUUUGAAAUUUUAAUUUGGUAGAAUGAACUUCUCAAGUUUCUGGUGCUUAACCUUCGCAUUCCCUCCUAACCGAAAACGCAAAGUCCUGAAACGCGCCGCAGUGUGUUUGAGGGUCUUACUUGUCGUAGUGCAGAAAUGUUACGUAUGGAAUGUUAAGAAUUCAACCUGAUUCAUUUCUAAUCUAACAGUUUAGUUAAAAUAACAAUGUAACACAGUAUGUAGAAAUGUGACCAUGUUUGAAAAUAAAGAUGUGGAUGGGAACUCUG